GCUCCUCCUCCUCCUCCUCUUCACGUUGAACUUCUACAACCUGAACUCCGCUGAGCACUUCACAAGUAACCAUGUUGAUCUUCAUCCUGCUGGCAGCUGUGGGCUUUCUUGUCUUCAUAUUUCCACGGAGUUACUUUUUCCAAGAUGUGCAACACGUGCUCACUAGAUGGAGAAUUAAAAACCGUCUCCAGAAAUACAUAGAGACCGAUUACACCAUCGCGGACCAGUUUGCAGACACGGUGAAGGCACACCCACACAAGCCGUACCUCCGUUACAAAGACGAGACUUACACCUACCGGGAUGCCGAUGAACUCAGCAACAAAGCUGCGAGAGUUUUACUGCAGAGUGGGAGAGUGAAAGGAGGAGACACGAUCGCGUUGUUCUUUGGAAAUGAGCCCGUGUUUCUGUGGCUGUGGUUGGCAGCGCUGAAGAUCGGAUGUCCUGCUUCUUUACUCAACUACAACAUCAGAUCCAAGUCUCUGCUGCACUGCUUCAGCUGCUGCGGGGCCAAGGCCCUGAUCGCUGCUGAAGGUAAAGUUUACUCCAGUCUAUCUGUCCAUCAUAUUCAAACAGACAUAAAAACAUCUCAUACUGGAGUUUUUAAAGAUAACCUGACCUCUCUGAACAUUUUGUUCUUCAUCCUUGAGAUUUUUUUUUUUAUUGAGGUUUCAGUCUUGGCCGACCCUCUUACCCUGACUGGCUCGGAUAGGGGAGACCGGGGCUUGUUGUCACACUUUUUUACACUCUUGUAUAUUUCUUGGAAUCAAUAUAUCAUAUUUAAACAAAAUGUGUAGAGAGUGUCAAACAGAGAGUGUCAACAUGUGACAUGUUGCCCCAACAUAGGGUAAGAUUUUGCAGCUUAUAAAACAAGGACAAAUUUAUUGUUGUUCUCAUUUGUUUACUUGAAAGUGAACAUCAAAGUCAGGCACAGAAAAGGUUUAUCAUUAAGCUAGAAAAAAUCAUUGAACAAAUGUUAACAUAAAAUAUUAUGCAACAUGUUCUGGAGUUUGGAGAGCUGUCUGACUCUUUAUUUCAGCUGGGGUGAAUGUUUUGCAGUACUGAGCCAAGGUAUGAUAAUUGACAUUAAAGUCCUUUAUUGUAGUCCAGAUUGAUUUAUUAGCGAGGGUCACCUGUCUGACUGCCCUCAGCAUCACGUCAGGUACUGCACUCCCAUGUUCAGAUUUUCUUUUGUAAUUCCUGACCAUGUUUUCUCGCUUUCUCCUCUCCUUUAAACCACAUUUUUCUCUGUAAAAAUAAAGUCAAGAUUUUAAUAUGACAAGUGCUGAUAAGCAGACUCCCUGUUAAUUUUAAACUCUUUUAAAUAUGUGACUACUAACCCUAAAAUGACGGAGACAUGUUGCCCCAAACUACCAUGUUUGCUAAUUAAAGCUCUAUCUUAAAGUUAGCUUAAAACUGAACAAUGACUGAGCUAUGACAGGAUGCUUUAAUCUCUUCUCUAGCAAGUCCACAUGUAUCACAGCUAGAAUUUUUAUCUGGAAGAAGUUUAUUUUAAAAUAUAUGAAGUUAUUUUGUUUACUUUGGGUUGUGUGAAAUGGUUAAUUGGCGCUCAUCUCAGCUCACAAUUUGCUCUUCUCUUCUCAGACAGGACAGGACCCCUGACCGUGUAAAGGAAGAAAAAUAGUAUUACACUUUUUAGAUGCGCCCUCUAGUGGCAAAGAUAAUUGCAAUGUGACAACAAGACCCGGUCUCCCCUACAAAUUAUUGUGUAAUGUGAAGUAAAAUAGUUGCACAGUAACAACUCUGUGUUGACUUAAGUUUGAUUGUUGACAUUGAGUCAGUGUUUUCUGAGUGAUCUUUCUGCAGACAGCUACAGAAACCUUUUAAAGAAGGCGUUUGUUAUUAUAGGAUGGGUCUUGAUUACACUGCCCUCAGUGUGUCAGAUGGUCCACAAUAAACCUUCCAAUCCAAUCCGCUUUAUUUAUAAUAGCACAUUUUAAAAAAACAUUCAAGUUUACCAAAGUGCUGCACAGUAAAAUUAAAAGAACAGACACUGCAGCAAAUAUCAAGAUCAAAUAAAUAAAAGCAGGUAAAAAAAAACAUUUACAAUGAAAUUAAAACAUAGAAGCAUCAAAGAAAUAAAAGUGAUAAAAGAACAGAGAUCACACAACUCUCAUGCUGAGCUAAAAGCCAAGGAAUAAAAAUGAGUUUUAAGACGUGAUUUAAAAGUAGAAAGAGUGGGGGAUGUUUUAAUCUCGAGUGGCACCUUGUCUCUGCUCUUCUGUUUUUUUUUAACAGGUAAAUAAAAUGAGAUUGUUUUUAAUGGUGUGCAAAAUUGAACCACAGAAAAAGCAAAGGUUUAGUAUUGAUGAAAAAAAAAGUGUCUGUAAAAUGCGUACAGUCAGAGAUGUGUGUUAUUUCCAGAGUUACAGGACGCUGUGGAGGAGGUCCUUCCCAGUCUACUGGAGCAGCAGGUCACUACUUUCAUCAUGGCAGACAGAUGCAGGAUUCCAGAUGUGGAGAGCUUCAAAGACAAAAUGAGCAAAGCCUCCUCUGAGCCUCUACCCAAAGACUUAAGGUCACAUGUCACCAUGCGGAGUCCUGCAGGCUACAUAUACACAUCAGGGACCACAGGUAAGCUACUUCAGCUGGUCAACAAUCAGGAUAUCAACUGUGAAAGAAAGUAGAGGAAACACUCCGGCCUCUCUUUUUACAGGUCUUCCUAAAGCUGCAGUGGUCACUCACACCAAACUGUGGAUGUACUCCUUGUUUCAGUGUAUGUCAGGAAUAGAGUCCAGUGAUGUGAUCUAUGUGAGCCUCCCGCUGUAUCACAGUGCUGGACUCAUAGGGGCUUCUGGAUCCAUUGAAAGAGGUAAGCAAACAUUCUCAUAUACUGAGUACAUUUGUUCAAACUCCUGUGAGGAACUUUCAGUUUGUGCCAGCUUUAGCGCCCCCUGUGGACAAGGCAGUCUUUGCUUAUCUUGUCCUUUACAUGCCUAAGAAGUGUCACCUGAGGUUUUAAUCCUUGAACUUUUGUUUUCUUGAUAUUUUGUGCAGGUACCACUGUUGUUCUAAAGAAUAAGUUUUCUUCAUCGCAGUUCUGGGACGACUGCAGAAAAUAUAACGUCACAGUCAUACAGUACAUCGGUGAAAUCAUGCGAUACCUCUGCAACACACCAAAAGUAUGUAAUGCUUGACAAAGCACCAGGAGUAAAGACAAAACAUUCAAAAAGAUCUUAUGUUUGAUUUGAUUUCCUCCCCGACAGAGACCUGAGGAUCAAAUUCACAAAGUGAGACUUGCGGUGGGUAACGGCAUGAGGGGGGAUGUUUGGCAGGACUUCAUCAGCAGGUUUGGAAACAUCGACAUUCGAGAGUUUUAUGGAGCUACAGAAGGGAAUUUCUCUCUGUUGAAUUACAGCGGCAAGAUGGGAUCUGUUGGGCGAGAUACCUUCUUACACAGGGUAAAGGUCCAGUUUUAUCCAACUGAAUGAAGUAGAAGCUGUAAAAAUUAUUGAUCACUUUGUUUUGACCUUCUUCUUCUCUUGCAGCGGUUGUUUCGGUACGCUCUGAUCAAAUAUGACAUAGAUGAGGACAAGCCAGUGAGGGAUUCUUCUGGUUUCUGCACCGAGGUUGCACCAGGUGCGUUUGUUUGUAGCACUGAUAGAGGUUGUGUCCUGAACUUCAAAUAGAAACAUACACAAAUAGAUUUGUCAGGUAUAAGAGGACUUAAAGUGCAUCAAUGAAACGACAAACUGCAGCUAAAGAAAGCACAUGUUCAUCCUGUCCUCUGUGCGUUUUUUUUAGGUGAACCUGGACUCCUGGUCACUGAAAUCACUCUCAGGACGCCGUUCACUGGUUAUGCGGGAGAUGUGAAGCAGACAGAGAAGAAGAGGCUACAUAACGUCUUCAAGACAGGUGACAUGUUCUUCAAUACCGGGGACCUUCUACGAGUUGAAAACAACUUCUUCUAUUUUCAGGACCGAGUAGGAGACACUUUCAGGUGAACCCUCUCCUGUUUUUUUUACGGUUCAUCUUUAAUGUAAAGACUGAAACUUUGGUGCUUAAAUAAUUAAAACUUUGUUUUUGUCGGGAACAGAUGGAAAGGAGAGAACGUGGCCACAACUGAGGUUGCUGAUGUAAUCACGAUGGUCGACUGCAUCAAAGAAGCAAACGUGUACGGAGUUGAAGUGCCGGGUAAGUCUCUGUUUUAGGAGUUUGAACAGGGGCUUCAACUAUAACUUUUAAAUCAGUCUGCUGGUUAUUUGAUCAAUAACUUUAUGGGGAAGGUUUUAAAGGAGCAGCAACGUUUUUUUGUUGAGAAGUUUAGCCAAUGCUGAAGUCAAAAAGCUGCAGUUUUCAAAGUGGCUGCAGGAGCUGAGGAAUCAACCUUAUGGUCGAUAUAAAAAUGUCCGACUUAACAUCCAUUUUCAUUUUAAUAAGGCCAAGCUCCAGCCUCACACAUUCAAGUCCAUGAGGGCUUAGGGCUGUCCCACUGACAUACAGUAAAGUGUCUGAGGGAUCUCUGGCAGACUUUUUAAGCCCUUUCUGCACCCUUUCAUAAGUGGACAUCUCUGUAGACUUUGAGGGAGGGAAUUACUAAGAUUUCACAGAACAGUGAUGUUACUGUGGGGCAAGCCCGCAAACAUGGAGGGGAAAGAAAUGCCAUAACAAGGCGCAACAUUGACUUUUUGAAAAAAGUUUGACUGUAAAUAUAGUUUAAGGAAUAUUGCUAAGAUGCUCCCGUGCACCUGUUUUUAUCUGAGCAAGAUGCUAAGAAGUGCAUCCAUGACUAAAUCAAACAGAUUUAUUUCCCGGUCAAAGGGGUUUCAUUCACGCUGCAGCACAAAAAUUAACAAUCGCACUACAUUAUCAUGCAUGUGUCUGUGGAGAUGAAUCUGGAACAAAUGACUGUGAUUUUCAUGCAACUUUCCAGAAUUAUUCAAGCCAAUUAAAAAUGUUAAAUUCCCACUUUUUCUAAUAUGACUCAAAAUAUAUCAGACUGUCCGUCUGGUUUCAGAAAGCAGGAGGAAAUUAUUAAAUUUCUACACAAUGAUGGAGAAAGUUGGUGAAAGUUAAACAUGUUACGCCUCUCUAGAGAGUGACAGGAUGAUGUGCUGUCCCUGUUACGUGAGAAGUCUUUUAGUGCCAUUCUAGUCCAGUGAAAUCAUUUCGAGCCCCCUUAUGCACUUCAUCACUUUCCAGGUAACAUCAAUUAAAGUUCAGAAGGGCUCAGGGUCUAAAAAUAAUGCCCAAUUUUUCAUAAUUACUGACACUACGCUACAAAGUUGACUUACAGUUCAAUUCAGAACAGUUCAGAGAAAAAUCCAAGACACAAGAUAAAUCAGACCAAAAUCCAGGAGAAGUUCAAAAACAGGGUAAUGACGUCAAGAAAACACAAGAUAACAAGGCUGGAGAUCAUGAACAGAGAAUAGAGAAUAGGUGAAUCACUCGGGUUCAUAUACAGGUCAGAUUCAUUGGUAACAAAUCUCCAGCAGAGCAUGAAAACAACACCUAAUCUUGCUGUCCUGAGCAGCACUUUGUCGUAUGUUAAAGUUUAAUCUAAUUAUAUGACUUUCCAUAUCAAACCACAAUGCACUACAGAUAUGGAUGCUAUAAAACGCACCUAAACACCUCCAACCAAUGCACUUUUGUUAUCAAGACUACACCUGCAGGCAUUGUUAAAUGUAAACGUUAAAAGAAAUGUUAAAUGUUAACCAUGUAGUAAACAAAUGAACCUACUGGUGGACGGUCUCCAAGAAGACGAUGAGAACUAAGAGAAAUCUGAGAUACUUGUCAAAGAGGUGGAGGUCUGUGUCGAGGCUUCAGCAGUGCAGCCCCAAACAAAAGAAAACACAGAAAGUUGGAACAAGAUCUGGCUGCUUUUAUUGGAGUGAGUUCCAUCACAAAGGAAAGUAACUGAAUCAAAAAAGACCUGCAACUACACUCAAGAGAGCGCCUCUAAAUGGGGUGAGAAAGACAACACCUGAAUGGUAGCCAGAAACCUUCCUACACCACUGAAAACGUCAGUGCAGAAGUAUUAUCACACUGCCUCUCACAUUUUAGUUCACAGUCUAGCCGCCACUGGUCACCCACUGUCUGCUAAUUUCCACAUCAAUCCCUCACCCAUGCACCAUUUCCACAGUGCAUGGAGGCAUGGGUUCAAGUUUGAGUGUGUACACACAUUACACUCUAGUAUUUGUAUGAUUAACUCCAGCAGCAAACACAUGAUGCAAGCUGUUUUUGUGAAAUCUGUAUCUGAGCGCUAUCCAUCUGUGGUAAAGGUUACAUGUGUGGAGUUCAGCUGAAGUGUUGCAGAGCUGACAGCCUUUUAUGGAUACAGGUUAUAUAAAGAGGCAAUCAGAGGGGGUUGAGGACUGGCAAACGGCACAGAGGGCGAGGUUCACAUGAGUGAACUAUGACCUGAAGGGCUGCGAAACAUGCAUGCUAACUAACCACUCCUGAUCCUGUAGGUCAGAGUCAUAUAAGAUGUAUGACUUACAGCUUCAUUCAAGCACCAACACCACCACCCCACAAACUAUGUUUUUUCAUAAACUGAGUUAUUAUGUUGUGAAAAUCUAACUUUAAUCUAACUGUUCAUUUCUAAUUUUACUUCCAUCAUAUGUGCCUGCUACAUUAUCUCUUUUCUUUAUUGUGCCUCUGCAGUGAACAUCAAUAGGAAACAAUACUCUCUUUUAUGGUUCAAUAUCCGCUUUUUCACGUUAGUUGUAUUUGUUGGUGUUUUAUAUUGCUGCUAAAGGAAAUCAAGGUCACCCAGACUCUCUGGACUGAGGUGGGAACUGACUUGCAAGCAGAGGUGGCAUGAAGUAUUUUACACACUUGUUUUCAGCCGAACCAGUGGGUUUAAGAGUUUGUUUAAAGCUCCAGUAAAGAUUUAUUUAUUUUUGACAUGAUGACGUAGACUGAAAUUUACGUAAAUAAAGACUGUGUUGUCCACAGGAGGCAGAGAAAUUGAAAGUUCCUCACAGGAACUUAAUCAUAAAUUUAAAGUCUAUAUUUGAAGCCUACAUUUCCCAUAAUGCAAUCAUCCAGACAGCAACUUCAAACAAACUCUCUGUGCUUGGGGAACGAUCCCAUCCAUUCUGUGCCCACAGUAACUCAGGCUUCUUCGUCUUCUUCUUCUUCUUCUUCUUCUUCUUCUUCGUAAUUUUGUCUGGAAGUCGAGCCGUCCACAUCCCAUUGAUGUCAUAAUGAUGUUAUCUGGAUUAUUGUUGCGUUAGAGUUACAUCGGUUUCGGUUACCAAGUCGGAAAAAAGCAAAAUCGGAGACGGAAACAAGAUGGCUACAUCUAUGAAAGUUAUUUUAGUGCUUGCUUUGCCUGAAUAUAAGCAAGGACAAAUCAAGCGCUAAAAUAACUUUUGUAGAUGUAGCCAUCUUGUUUCCGCCUCCGAUUUGCCUUUUUCCGACUUGUGCUAGUGACUCGGGUAUGACGUCAUUUUCAGCUUCGACAUCUGACUUCUGAGGUAACUUGAAUGCAGCAUAUGUUAUUUUAUCAGUGACAUUCAAACAGCAUACUGGUGUCCUCUGAUUGGCUGAUUCCUUGACUCUUCCAGGUCAAGAGGGGAGAGUUGGGAUGGCUGCCAUCGCUUUGAGUGAUGGACAAAGUUUUGACUCCAAGGGUGUUUUCAAACAUGUGGAAAAGUUCCUGCCAACCUAUGCAAGACCCCGCUUUAUGAGGAUUCAGGUAUCUCAUUACACUGCAUUAUGUUUCAACCCUGUCCCCUUCCGUUACAUAUUCACAUUCACGUUUAUUUAUGUCAUAACAAUUCGACUUUAUUGCAGAGCACUUUGGAGACCACAGGAACGUUCAAGCAUAUGAAGACAAAGCUGACACAGGAGGGCUACAACCCGAAUCAAGUAACAGUCCCUCUCUACUUCAUGGAUGAAAAACUCAAGGACUAUGUCCCACUAACGCUGGACAUUUACGACUCAGUCAUAUCCGGGCAGAUCAAAAUUUGAAGAAGUCUGCUUUUCUUGUUUUUCAAGGGGAAAAUGUACCUGUUUAUACUUGACCACCUGUAAUGUGCAGCACAUUGUCGAGUUUUUUUAUGUUGUGAUUAAAUUUUGCACUUGUAUUUGCACAUUGAUAAUUUCGUAAGAUUUUAAAGAGCUUCUUUGAACUUGUUGCACUUAAUUAUGAGACAGACAAAUUAAAAUGUACACACAUGCUCCACUAUGACUUUACUCAAUGCUAGAAAUCAGGUUUUUCCUGUUGAGUUCCCUGAAAGGUACAAGCAUUUUUCUCAAACCUCUGUCAUGUCACCUCGGCUUUUGCCCACCAUCACUGCCUCAUUAUCGGCGCUUUUGUUUUUGUAUGAUUGAGGUUCAAACUUUUGGUUCUCAGGGCUGAAGUUUUUCUAGAUGUGUUUGAGGUUAUAACUUUAUGUCUCAGGGCUGAAGUCUUUCUAAAUGGUCUUUCUCUGGCUUUCAGGGACUAUACAGAGCAGGAGAUUUGUUCUUGUAUCUGUUCAGUUGUCAGCUUUAGACGCUGUUGACAAUAAAGCACUUCAAACUGUCUUAUUUUCUUAUAAA